AUGCACAUGAGCCGGCGGCGACUUAUGGUAUCGGCGGUACUACUUUCAUACUUGCUUUACGCCAUGGCUCUCGUCGUCCCCGUCGUAUCCUCCGCCUUAGAGCUUGGAGAUGAUGAUGAUUUGGAUUUGACGGAAACAUGGAGUUCUUCGCAUCGGAAGAUGCUUCUUCUCUCUCAUGAAAAAAAGGUAGACACGAGAGCAGAGCCGGAUAGGAUUGGGGAGAAGUGCAAGAGAUCGGACAUAGUGGUGAACCAAGCAGCGACUGAAGCAAUGCCCAACGGAAUACCAGGUUACACGGUAGAAAUAACAAACCAGUGUAUGUCCGGCUGCAAUAUAUCAAGGAUCCACGUUAGCUGCGGAUGGUUCAGCUCGGCCAAGUUGAUAAACCCGAGAGUGUUCAAGCGUUUACACUACAACGACUGUCUCGUCAACAACGGCAAGCCUCUGCCUUAUGGCUCCACCAUCUCUUUCCACUACGCCAACACUUUCCCUUACCCUCUCUCUGUCUCCUUCGUCACUUGUUCUUAA